AUGCUUCGGGAACUCGCAGAUAUUCAUUGGGGGUAUAACCUACUUUCUAGUUUUGCUGCUUGGAUCCUGUUGGCAGGAUAUCUCGUUAUUCCCGGGACUUUCACAACACUCCAGAAAACUGAUACUGUAAAAAGUGGACUGUCUGAAAACAAUUCUCAGAUUAUUCUAAAUACUAUUCAGAAUCCUCCUCUUGUGGGUAUAGCAUGCUCUUUGCUUGCUAUCGGCGCAGCUGUUAUGGUGUUCCUAUAUUUCCGCUGGAGGCAUAAUUAUCUUUGGCUUAUAAAUCGUUUAUAUAUACCUACUUCUCUCAAUGCGAGUGCUGGAUUUCUUACAACAAUUGUCAAUGUCUAUACAGCAAAAGGUGGCAAGUGGUCAAUUAUGUCUCUCCUGACAGUAAUUGUAACCGCGUUGUCAGCCAUAACUUCAUUGGCAUUGGCUCUUUAUUAUAAAUUUUGGAGGAUGGAGAAGAUUAGGGAGGAGCACGAGCGGGAACAGAAGGCCGGCUUAUGCUUAGUAUAUCCGUGA